UGAAAUGCAUAAUACACUAACUAGUCAUUUAUUACCAAUUUGUGUUUGUUCGUUUGUGUUUCCUUUUCUUCUCUUGAAAAUAAUGGACUAUAAUCCCGAUACCGAACAAUGGACACCAUAUUCAAGUGUUGAUUCUCAAAAUCGAAGGAAAAUGGAAAUAAUAUUUAUUGGAGGAAUACAUCGGAGUGGCACAACGUUACUAAGGACAAUGCUUGAUGCCCAUGCUGAUAUUAGAUGCGGCCCUGAGACUGUAGUAAUCUGCGACGUACUGGGGGCGAGAGAGGCAAUGGCAAAGACACCUAUAACUGUUUCGUACCUCUCCAAAAUGGACCUAUAUCCUGAAAUAACUGAUAAUGCUGUAGCACAAUUUAUUCUGGAAAUAAUAAUUCGUCAUGCGCCACCAGCUAUUCAUUAUUGCAACAAGGACCCUCUACAAAUGUUGCAUUCAAAAUAUCUUCAUUUUCUGUUUCCGAAUGCAAAAUUUGUUUUAAUGAUACGAGAUGGAAGAGCAAUGACCCAUUCUAUUAUAUCAAGGAAAUUGAAAUUAUCUACAUAUAAUAUUGAGAGUUAUAGGGAAACGUUGUCGACGUGGAACAAAAAUAUAGAGAGAAUGUAUACCCAAUGUAUAGAACUUGGAGAGACGAUAUGUCAUUUGGUAUAUUACGAGCAAUUAGUAUUGCAGCCGGUGUCAACUACCAAGAACUUGUUUAAGUUUUUGGAAAUACCUUGGAGUAUCGCAGUUCUGCAUCAUGAAAAAUAUACAAACGAAAGUGAUUUCUCAAAAACCGAAGUAUCCACCGAUCAAGUGUCAAAACCUCUGUAUUUGGCUGGACUCACGCAAUGGUUUGGUAACAUUCCAGAAGACGUAGAAAGAGAUAUGAUCAAAAUUGCACCGAUGCUAAGUGUUUUAGGAUAUAAUCCAGAAGACAAGACUCCUAACUAUGGAGAACCAGAUGAGUUUGUCAAAGAAAAGAUUAAGAAAGAAAAGAAGAAUACCAUCACAAGUUGACGUUGUUAUAAUAGGCGGCACAUUACUAACAAACCUACAUGUCAGUUAUGAGAAGGAAUCGGGCAAACCCCUUGUAAUGAUAAA